GAGGGAGCGCACGUUGCCUGGAUACACGGGAUGUGACGGACGGGGUCCUGCACUCGUGGUGCACGCUGGGUAUUUAAGGCCUGGCGGGACGCUCGGCAGAUCAUGUGUCCGUCGGGAGGGCGGGUAGGAGGGGUCAGGGAUCGGCUAAGGCGGCUGCUUCGGGACGUUUUGAAUCGGGAGAUACAGCCGGUCGCUUUGCUCCUGCCCGCUGCCCUGCUUCUUCUUCUACUACUGCUGUACUGCUUCCCUCUGCUCAGCGCCCUGGUGCUGUGUGCGCUCGCCGCCUGGGCUUAUCGGAGGACGGGCGGGCGGCUGUGGAGACUCGCUGGCGGAGCGGCUGCUCUACGGCAGAGGCCUCUUCCACACAGAAGACCCCGGGAGCCGCUUGUCAAGUGGAGCCCGGCCUCCUUGUUCUUACUUAUGGGCAGCUACCUCGGCAAGCAGGAGCCCCCGGCCCGGGGCAUGGGACGGGGUGCCCGGGAACUGAAGGAGAGGCUAACCAAGCCUAACCCCGCGGUGCCAACCCCGGCCAGGCGCCUCUCGUUCAGAGAGACUCCAGUUGUAAGUAACCGGACGUUCAUGAGCCCACGCAGGCGGUACCCUACCCACCAGCCCCAGUACAGCAUGCCUGGGUCUCUUCCCACAGUCUAUAUAGAUGGCUUUCCAAGGAAAACUCUGCUGUCUCCUAAACAUUCUCAGAUUCGCAGUCCAAUGACUGUGAAAAUUGCACGUCCUGAUCCAACUAUUGCUCGUUCGCCAGUUUUGACUAGCCUGCUGUCUCCCAGCCUGGCCUCUCUAUCCGUUUCAUGCUCACCUCCAGAUCCUUGUGCAAAGGAGACUGUGCUCGAAGCCAUCCGGGAGAGCAGAAAGAGGAUGAACAAAGAUGAAGACUACAGUGCCAGUGGAGUGACGGAUACCAAGAGGAGGAGACCGUUCAGCAGUGGAAGUGGGGAGUCUUCAUUGGAGUCUGCCGCGGUUAAUGGUUCUUUGUCUUCCUUCUCGAAGUCAGACACCUUGAAACGAGCGCUGAAUACACAAAUGCUUGAUGAGACUGCUAACAAACGCUCCCGUACCUCCUCCAAUAGUUCCUUUAGUAGCUGCGCAAUAAACGGACUUGCUAUGCCGACUCAUAAUGCAAUCACAAGCUCCUUCAGUUCCAGCAGAGUGCUCCUACAGAAACGAAAGAGAAAUUGCCAUAAUUCAUCUGUAGUUUCAAGUUCACCCUCAUCCCGGAGCCAAACACCAGACCUGUCUGCCAAAAAGGCCAGAGAAGAACCACACGAAGUGAGCCAGUCUACUCCAGUGAAGUCAGCCAGUAGGGACCAGUCUGGGCAGUAUAUUGAAACGCCUUCCUCAAAGUCUUCUGCUUUAAACUCAUCUGUUGAUAAUGGAAGUGGUGGACCUCGUAGGAAGAAGGUUUUGUUGGUCUGUUCUGGACGUGGCGAUCAGUACCCACUGCCUCCUCCACCUGUGGUUGGAUACAAUAUUACAUCAAAGGAUCUGGACUCUGAGAAAAAGGCAUUUUUACAGAGGCUUAACAAGGCACUAGAGGAAACUUCUGAUUCUAUCCCUGUCAGCUCUGUGCCAUCUACUACUGCGGCUGCUGCAUCACCUCUCUUUAGUUUAUCUGCAACAUCUGCUCUCACAUCACAGACCUCUACAACAAGUAGUAACCCCUUACUACAGAGUCUAGCUAAAAUGCAGAACAAGGAAGGUCCACAAGAACCUGUACAAGCUCUUGCUGCACUGUUUCCAAGUCAGAAAGCUCCCUCACUGGGUUUGUUUUCUAAAGACGAUUCUGGUCCUUGUCAGAACGCUUCUGUCAAGCUGAUGUCCCCACCAAGUGCUGCUGUAUCCAGCAACUUAACAUCUCAGCUGGAUGGUGGUGCCCAGAACAAACCGGAGUCAAAAAGUAGUCUUCUCCAACUUCUUACCCAACAAUCAGGAAACGAUUCACAGUCUAGCUUUAAGCCACUAUUUCCCAGUACUGUGAGCUCCAUUCCACCCAGUGUUUCCUCAAGUGGGCCAUCUCUGCCCUCUGUCUCUUCAACAAAUACUUUUAAACCAAUAUUCGGCGAGCAAAAUGUGCAGCAGAAUCAACCUGUAAGUACCUUUAAACCAAUAUUUGGGGACUCAUCCAUUCAGCAGCCUGCCACAUCUGCAUCGCCCUUCACAUUCCAGAUGAAUUCAAAUCCUACAUCCACUGCGCCAUCUUUUUCUGGGUUUGGUGCUACGUCAACCAGUACAACUCCCAGCACGGAGAGUGCUACAAAGCCGUCACUUCCUCUGCUGGCGUCCAGCAGUGCCACCAAUAGUUUUAGUUCCACCUUCUCUGGCGGUAUAACCUCUAGUAGCACCGCUGCUUCUGCUCCUACAAAUGUGUUCUUGGCAAGCAGCACAAGUUCAAACUCCCAAACGAAGACAAAACUUGUAUUUGGACAAGCGCCUACCUCACAAGCAACACCUGGCUUGAAUGCGUUUGGGAAUACACAAACUGCUCCAACGUCUCAGCCCCCACAGGCCUCGGUGUUUGGGUCAGCAGCUUCUGCCUUUUCGUCUCCACUCAACUCCAAUCCACUUUCCUUUCCUGCUAGCUCUGGUGCAUCUACUUUUAACAGUGGCUCAGGGAGUGGUGUACAAGCAGGCAAACCGGCCACUAAUCCGCUUGCCAGCUUUGGCACCUCUGGAGGUCAGUCAACAUUUGGAUCAGGCACUCAGCCUGCUUUUGGGAGCAGCUCUCAGUCUGCAUUUGGUGCAAACUCUCAACCAGCGUUUGGUUCAAGUGCAACUUUUUCAUUUGGAUCUGCUGCUGCAACAACAAACCCUACAGCCUUUGGCACGAUGAAUAGCGCGCAAACAAACAGUACCCCCGCCACAAGCCAGUUUGGUGCGUCAAAGCCCUUUACUUUUGGGGAAAAAUCAAACUCUGCUGUAACCUUUGGUGCAACCACAAGUGCUGUGCCUGCCCCAAUAAUGAGUUUUGGAAACUCCUCUGGGGCUCAGAAUAGCACAUCAUUGAGCUUUGGGACCCCCGGACCAACAGAAAACAAGCUUCCCUUUGGAACGCCUGCUACACCAUUUGGUCAAAACACCGCCCCUGCACCUAAUACUUUUGGGACUCCUACACAAUCCUUUGGCAGCCCCAACUCUUCAUUUGGUCAAGCAAGUCAUGGCUUCUCCAUUGGAGUAACCUCUAAAACUUCAGGAGCUCGGCAGCGGCUAAUGGCACGGCGUCAGCACACACGGAAGAAGUAGAAAUGCUGAACUGUCUCCACUAGCUCCUGUGAACUAAAUGUUCUGUCCCUGUACACAGUUGGUGCGGGUUUUCGUGAAACAGAGAAUCCGAACGCGCGGCUACCGUUCCAUGCGUAAUGACACUGCCAAUCGGUUCCAGCUGGUCGUGCUCACGUUGGACCUUUGCCACCUUGCUUUAUGCACUUUCUCAUCUGGACAGUGACCAUCCUGUGGCUGGGGGCAGCAGGCUUCAUCUUGAUAUCUGUAUAAAUGUGUUUUGUAGAACUGCUUGUACUUCAGUUUUUGGAUGUUGAGUCAGUUUAUUUGCAGUGCCUUUUUUUUUUUUUUUUGCCUGCUUCCUCUACUUGAUGAUCUAGGUAACUUGAUAUUCCAGCUAUUGCGGAGUUGCUCAGCAAGGGAAGGAGUGCCAAAAGCCUAGACCCACUGUACCAUGACCAUAGCAAUGUUCAUAAUGAAUAUUUAACACCGCACUUGAAACUGACCAAGUUAUUGGAGAUGACUGACUUGCCGCCUGGUGCGUAUUUUCCCUAUGAAUUCAAGGAAGCACUUUUUUAAGAUUCGGAAUGCGUGUUUUGCCAGGAUUUCCCCAGUUAUACCAGAACAUGUGGUAAUCUGCAAGGUGUUAACCAUUUACUUGCUUUCUAUCAUCUAUUGACUCCUAAAACUUUAGGAUGUGUUGGAGCUGUUUUACAGCCAAAAACGGUCCUUCCCCCUCUGGUGCGGAUUGUAAAUUCAGUAACAAGCGGGCACCAUCUUACCGUAUGACUGUCCAUACUCUGUAAUUGUCAGUCACUUUAUUCGUGUUGUGAAAAAUGUAUUUGUAAGCUACCUCUAAGGGGAAGAGUGAAAGUGAACCGCAUGUUGUGAGACUGUGUGCAGAAGAUCUUGGGGUGUUCGACAUGUUAGCUAUGGCCCGCUUGGUCUGGGUCUACUGAAUCGAUUUCACAUUGCUUGGCGUGAACUAGGAUGGCUUGAGGGUCUUUAUCAGAGCGUACACAUUGCCAGUGACGCUUACAACUGCAAAUGCUUAAAAUAUCUCUCUAGCUUAACUGAACGGAGGUGCAAGCUGCACUGGCUUGUAAUUUCUAUAGGUUAAGAAUGUCUGAUGCAGAGUUGUCAGUGUGACUAAUUGUAUUUCCACCUUUUUUUAGAGCCUUGCUCUAGAUCUGCUCUGACCAUCUCUGGCCCUCCUGCCACUUCCAUUAGGAGAAUGGCGUAGCUCUGAAACAGCUAAAGAGUGAGACCGCUGCUCCAGAGACUCCAUUUCACUUUAAGGGGUAUUCCAGUCAAACCUUAAUCUCCUAUCCCCUGGAUAAGUGCUAAAUGGUAGAUCAAGGGGUCUGUCUCCUGGGACCCCUACUGAUUGUAACAGCAGGAGACCUUUGUCCCACCCAGCCACAAUACUGGUGGUCUAGCAUGGACCCUGCCAUCCGAUUCAGAGUCUGGAACUGGUGGGAACAGCAAAGCAGUGUUUGGACUCCAUACCCAUCUAGCAGUUAUCUAGUCGAUAAGUGAUUAAUGAAUCGGGCUGGGUGACCCCCUUCAACUAAUAAAUACAUUAAAGCAAUUUCCUGCAUGCAGUGGAGUCUAGUUUGUUUUGUAGUUGCCAUCAUGUCACUUCAUAUCCUCUUGAAGAUCUAUACAAGGAACUGGACUUAAGGCCCUUUUACACUGCCCAGGCAUCGGGCAGAUAGUUGCUAACAAGCGUUUGUAGAAACUCCUUGUUGGCGAUGAUCUGUCUGUUAAGGUGCUGCCAAUUACCUGAUCAGCAAGUGAAACGCUCAUACAUCUGGUAAUAGGAUCGUUCAUGCGGGCACCUAAAUCAUUGUUGGCCGGCAGCAGAUCGUGCCAUCUAAACAUCACACUGCUGCUGCCAGGGAUUCUGUAUGGGGACAAGCAAUGGCAUUGGAAAUUACUUCUCCACAUACUGUGGAGGAGAUCGCUGCCUGGAAAUGCACGUGCAGACGAUUGUCCGGAAGAAAUGCUUCCUUCCUGACAAUUGUCUGCUCAGUUAAGCAGUGUAAAGGAGACUUGACACAGUGGAACAGUUUAAGCAUUUGUUGUGACAUCCCACUCCCCAAAUAAGUGUAUAUACAUCUCCCCUGUAUUCUUGACCCAGUGUAUGCUUCUGUCCUUGGCGAGCAUGCAGGCAUGUUCCAGUAAUGUCAUUAGUUGUCCUGAGCAUGUAUAUCACUUGCAGCAUGGGACAGGGAAUGUGGCAUAUGACACUAAUGGAAUUUGCCUGCUCAAGCACCAAGGUGAGAGGAGACAAACCUACGGUCUCACUGGGGGAUCUAGGUGAAUAUUUAUGGGUACACCGUAUUGGCACCCAGUGAAGUUUUCUGUUUUGCCUAGGGUGUUUUUACUGGUGGGCCAUCUGUAUGGACCUAAGCAAUGGAUUAGUGAAGCUGACAUGCCACUCCUCAUGCUGAUGGGAAUAUCGAUGAAGACCUGGUUACUUGAUGUGUGCAUCCAGAAGUGUAGUAAUGGAGAGACCCAGUCUACCAGAUGUUCAGUCCCAGAGCGGUCCUCUAGCUAGAAAGGAACCCUCAGACCUUUACAGCCUGAAGUACUACUGUGAGGUUACCAGUACUGAAGUCCGCUGUGGACAACUUGUAUGGCUUUAUGUAUGUUGGAAUGUACAUAGUUUUGUAAGCUUGCAGUUUUGCUUGGUUUAGACUUGGGAGGAUUUUUAGAAUAUUUUUUGUUUUUAUAAAUUCAUAUGUCUUAAACUUCUGAUUUUAAAUAAAACAGAAUUGCUCAACUCGU